UAUAUAUGUUUAUUGUUAACACACAUUUAAGUAAGUACUUUUGGACAGUUUGGACUCUUUUGGAGUAGUAUGAUAUUCAUAUGAAUUGUUAUACGAUUGUUGACUUGUCGUGUGUAACGUAGAAAUUGAAGUGGAAUCAAAUAAGACGUAUAGACUAUAGACAGAGAAUACAUAGAGAUAUAUUUUAUAUUCUCUGGUAUAGAUGCGUAUGUCAAAUUGUCAACGUAUGUACGUAUACCGUAUUAAAUUUUCUAAAUUUUUUAUAUAUAUGUCGCCGAGCUCUCGACAGACAUACCGGAGAUAAGUAGUGAGUAUAGUAUACUGUCUACUUAUACUCAUCUCUGGACAUAAGUACAUCUAAUACGACGAACUUUCGUUGUAAGUUGUAAAGGAGGUACCAAAACAAAAGUGUGCAUGUCAGUGGAAUAAGCUAUAGGAAUUAGGAACAUCAGCCGCUGGCAGGCGAAUGCUUAUUUGAAAACGCAAGUUUAAUUGUUGAGCCAAAAAAGGAAACAAUGUUUAGUGAAAGACCACAGCUAUGUUACAGUAAUCAAAAUCAUCAGUGUCAGAAGUCAGAAAUAUCAAAAUCCAUGCAGUAAUCUGUAAUUUCAUUCAUUUGAUUUGUGUGGAACAAGUUUCGACUUAACCUCACGUCUGCAACCUUACAUUUUUACAAAAUCUGUUGAUUGUCAAAAAAUGAUCAAGGCUAUUUUGGUGUUUAACAAUCACGGAAAGCCACGACUUUCCAAAUUUUAUCAAUACUUCAAUGAAGAUAUGCAACAGCAGAUAAUAAAAGAGACGUUUCACUUGGUAUCCAAGAGAGAUGAUAACGUUUGCAAUUUCCUAGAGGGAGGCAGCCUCAUCGGAGGCUCGGACUACAAAUUAAUAUAUCGUCACUAUGCGACGUUAUACUUUGUAUUUUGUGUAGAUAGUUCUGAAUCAGAACUCGGCAUUUUAGAUUUAAUUCAAGUUUUCGUCGAAACUCUGGACAAGUGUUUUGAGAACGUUUGUGAACUAGAUCUUAUUUUUCAUGUAGAUAGGGUGCAUUAUAUUCUCAAUGAACUGGUCAUGGGUGGUAUGGUGCUUGAAACAAAUAUGACUGAAAUAUUGAUGAGGAUCGAAGACCAAAAUAAACUGGAAAAACAAGAGGCUGGAAUUACAGCAGCUCCAGCGCGUGCAGUCUCGGCAGUAAAAAACAUGAAUUUGCCACAACAAAUAAAGGACAUGAAACUUCCGGAUUUACCUCAAGCAAUCAAAGACCUCAAAUUCUGACCGUCUGCCUCAGUGACAGGUUUCAGUUGACUGGCAGCAUCCAGGUACUUUCGCGAUGGGCUUGAACUCACAGGAAUGUACCUUUUGACCUUUGAUGACAGCGAAAGUACGCCCAUGAUACCUGACACGUCACUGCUUGUAUCGUCCUACACGUUAUCCCGCGAUUAUUAACGUUGAGACUCUUUUGUGCAAUUUUUUCGGCAUCGAACAAAGAAACAAAGAUUCACUAUCGAUUUUUUACUUAAAAUUGAACUCUUGUGGCAGAUGUAAUAUGAUAUAAAAAAAAUUUGUUUUAGUUUAUACUUGAUUAACUCGUGCUUUACGAAGUUAUUCAGUUAGAAAGUACGUUAAUAAUGUAAAAAUGAUUGUAUGAAAUAUUUGCUACUGAAACUUAUUUUUCUAUGUCAUUAGUAAAAUGCUUUUGAAUG